AUGCAUAAACCGGUAAAUAGUGUACUUGGACGACAGUUACAUUUCCAAGGGAAAAAUAGGCAAUUGUUAGGAUCUGUAGUUGUAAGUGCCGGAAUACCAAACGGAAUGGCUAUGGCUUGUGCACCAUUAGUACGAUAUCACAAUAGUUCAGCAUAUACGGAUGGUACUUGUUUUGUACUUGAAAGUGAUCUCACUCAAAAGGAAAUUCUCGUAUCAUGCUCACAACCAGGUUUACCUCGAACUGAUCGACAUAACGAAUUUGGUUCAUGCAUGGAAGGUUUUAGUGGUUAUGUUGAUGAAUCGAUGGUUAUUACCGGUUUACCUGGUGCAAAGAAAUGGACAGGUGGUGUAUUUGGACGAUACUAUCCAAAGGAUAUAUUUGCAAUGAAUCGUGAUCGUUGGACAAUGGGUGUGGAUCCUAAAUUACAUGGUGUACGAUCAAAAUUCCAAGGACAUGAUUAUCUUGGAUUUUCUGUACGACAUGGACAUUUUGGUUUUUGGUUUGAAGAUAAAGAUAAUACAACAAUUGUGGCUGGUGCUACACGAUACAAUCAAACGGGUGCAGUAACUUUUCUACCAUUUCGUAAUGGUCAUUCGAUGAAUUCUCAAACUUCACAUUAUUUGACCCUUACUGAGGAUAGCUAUAUGCUUCAAGGUUCACAACUUGGCUCAGCAUUUGGUUAUUCAAUCGAAGUUAUCGAUCUUAACAAUGAUGGAUUUGAUGAUUUAUUAGUUGGAGCACCUUUUGAAUAUUCAGAAACAGUUGAUGGUUCAUUUGGUGGUACUGUAUAUAUAUUUUACUCAUCUGGAAUUCAACGUCAACCUCAUGAAAAUGAAUACGUUUUCCUAAAUCCAAUUAAACUUCGUGGUCAAGGAAUUUACUCACAAUUUGGUUUAGCAAUAACACGUCUGGGAAAUAUAGAUGGUGAUAAUAAUAAUCAUAACGAUUUUGCUAUUGGUGCACCAUUUACUGAUAAUGGGAAAGGUGCAGUAUAUAUUUAUCUUGGUGCAAAAUCACCAGAUACUUUUAAAGUUGAACCUGUGCAGGUGAUAACACCUAAUGAAUUACCACAACAGUAUUUGCAUUCAUCAUUAAAAACUUUUGGAUUCUCAUUAUCCGGUGGAUCAGAUUUGGAUGGUAAUGGUUACAAUGAUUUAGUUAUUGGUGCUUUUGCAUCUGAUACAAUCAUUAUACUUCGUGCUAGGCCAGUAAUUUAUAUCAAUGCUCGACAUCUCAAUAAUGAUAUGAAGAUUGAUAUUGAUGGUGAUUCAUCUUGUUUCAGGACUGCACAAACAUGGUAA